ACAGCUACAUUCACCCACAGACCGAGGUACAGACGAGAGACAACCUCUGGCCCCCCAGCAGCUGGCCAGCUUGGCAGCCCCAGUCUCGAGCCCCUAACUACUCUCCCCUGCCCCCAUCCCCUUCCCAAUUGAAGGAGCGGAAAGAGAAGAGAGAAGAGUGAGCAGAGAGAUUGAGAGAUUGAGAGAGAGAGAGAUAGACGGAGAUCUCUGGAGCAGACCUCAAGGUGACUUCCAUUUCUAUCUGGUUCACGUCUGGGGGGGCCCUGGCCGGGCAGCCCCCCCACAUUUCUCCUGCCCCGAAACACGGCUCUAGCCAACCUGCUUCGCUGCUUCACCUGCGACCGACUGUGUGGGGGCUGCACGGCGCCAGCCCCUCCAGCCCGCCAGGGCAUCGUCCUCCAGCCCGUCAUGCCCAGCUGCGACCCGGGCCCGGGCCCUGCCUGCCUCCCCGCCAAGACGUUCCGCAGCUACCUGCCUCGUUGCCACCGCACCUACAGCUGCGUCCACUGCCGUGCGCACCUGGCCAAACACGAUGAGCUUAUUUCCAAGUCUUUCCAAGGGAGCCAUGGCCGAGCCUACCUGUUUAACUCCGUGGUCAACGUGGGCUGUGGACCAGCCGAACAGCGCCUCCUGCUCACGGGGCUCCACUCGGUAGCUGAUAUUUUCUGCGAGAGCUGCAAAACCACGCUGGGCUGGAAAUACGAGCAGGCUUUUGAGACGAGCCAGAAGUACAAGGAGGGGAAGUACAUCAUUGAAAUGUCACACAUGGUGAAGGACAACGGCUGGGACUGAGGGGCUCAGGCAGGCUGUGCCCUUCCUCCGCAUGCCCACCCUCCCCGCACCCGUCCCCGGGCCCUGCCAAGCAGUCCAUACCAGCAUGAGUACUGCCCCACCCCUGGGGGGAACCCAGCUCCCGGCACCCCUCCCCCGCCUCCACCUCAUCACCCCCAGGCCCCUUUGGAACAGGGGUCUGGGGUACCCCAGGGGUGUUCAAGGCUCAGGAGUGGGCAGCAGUCAGGGAGAGCCAGAACUGGGGAAAGGGGAUGGUUGCGGGUUCUUCUAGCCCUAAGAUCCUGAAAAUGGAGGUGAGGGCAGGGCGGAGAUCAGGCAGAGGACCAAGGGAGGACCCGUUUCUGCCCCAAACUCUUUUUGAGUGAACGGAGGACAAGUUUUGAGGCAUGGGGCUGGUAGAUCCCAGCCCACAGAAUAGCAGGUGAGAAGGGGCUCGAGUUGGGAGUGAAAUUUUGGCUUCAGACAGUGCGACACAACGGAGUCUGAGGGUGAAGUUUCCCACCCCUGUUUGUAGGAGAAAGCAUUCGGGGGUGGAAGGAAAGAAAUCCCAGAUCCCAGGCCCUGGGAAAUGAAAGAAUCACAGGGGUUUCCAUUUUACUCCACUUGUUAGUUUAUCUUGGCACUAAAGAGGCACUUUUGAGUACGUGACUUUCGCCAGGGGGUGGGGUGGGAGAAGCUGCCGCUGGAACAGCCCCCACCCCCCACUGGCUGUUUCCAGAGCGAGCAGUCCGUACGGGCAUUCUGAGCCCCAGCCACUGCUCCCUGGGACCCAGUCCCUUGGAGGGGAGGUGGGACAUCAGUGCCACGGGGCCAGGCUUCCUCGUGGCUGCCACCAGCGAACGAAACUUUUGUAUGAUACAUAAAGUGUUUGGGUCUAUUUUUAAUAAAAAGGGGAAAAGCAACCGUGAGGCACUCUCUCCUCUUGACUUUGCUUCCCAUGCACAGACCUUAACUUAUACUAUUCUGUCACACUCCCCCCAGUACCUGUCCCUUUAGGCCACUAGAGGGCAGCAAUUGCUUUGUCUGUGUCGAGACCCCACUUGAGCCCUCACCAGGGGGAUGGGUCUUCAGGUGAGGUUUGCUUAGUGAAGCGAGGGCUUUUGUGAGCAGUGUUUCCAAAGGGGGCAACCAAAACAGCGCCUCUUCCAGAGCCCUUGACAAUGAAUCAGGUAUUGCCUGGAUCCAGGAUUGGGCACCUGGAAGAGGCUCACCCCUGAACAAGGGUGUUCUUGGGUCCUAUUGCCUUUCAGCCUGGACUUGGAAUGUUUGGGUCAGCUCAUGGCCACACUCGAGGCUGAAAGGAAAAUCGAUCAAGCAAGGCAGCUUGAUCCAAAGUGGAACUGAACAGCUCAAGAUGGCAGCCAUCAGUGCAACCAUGUGACCCACGUGCAUUUUCGGGGCAGUGAUGUGAAAUUCCCAUUGUUGUUGGGUCACUGACAACCGCAGGGAGGACUGUACACAUCAUAAAAAUCACCUUUUGUAAGCUA